GCGCGAGAUGUCGGAGCUGCGGGCGGCGGGGCCGGGGCCCGGGCCUGGGCCUGGGCCAGGCCUAGCGGCGGCGCCCGGACCCGCGGCACCGGCCGCGGGAGGCGGCGGAGGCUCCGGGCCCGGCCCCAGCACCCCGCUCCCCUCGCCGGCACCGAGCGGCGGCAGCGGGCCCGGAUGCCCCGUUGGAGCGGGCCCGGGCGGCGUGACAGCCACUUCCGGGUCGGGCAGCUCCGCUUCCGGGUCGGCCCGCGAGGGCUGGCUCUUCAAAUGGACCAAUUACAUCAAAGGGUAUCAGCGGCGCUGGUUCGUGCUGAGCAACGGACUGCUGAGUUACUACAGAUCGAAAGCGGAGAUGCGUCACACCUGUCGUGGGACCAUUAACCUAGCCACAGCCAAUAUCACUGUGGAGGACUCCUGCAACUUCAUCAUCUCCAAUGGUGGGGCACAGACCUACCACUUAAAGGCCAGCUCGGAGGUGGAGCGGCAGCGCUGGGUCACGGCCCUGGAGCUGGCCAAGGCCAGGGCCGUCAAGAUGCUGGCUGAAUCAGAUGAGUCGGAUAAUGAAGAGUCCGUGUCACAGACGGACAAGACAGAACUGCAGAACACACUGCGCACCCUGUCCAGCAAAGUGGAGGACCUGAGCACGUGCAACGACCUGAUUGCCAAGCACGGCACGGCGCUGCAGCGCUCCCUCAGCGAGCUGGAGACCCUUAAGCUGCCCGCCGAGAGCAACGAGAAGAUCAAGCAGGUCAACGAGCGAGCCACGCUCUUCCGCAUCACCUCCAACGCCAUGAUCAACGCCUGCCGAGACUUCCUGAUGCUGGCGCAGACGCACAGCAAGAAGUGGCAGAAGUCCCUUCAGUAUGAGCGAGACCAGCGCAUCCGUUUGGAGGAGACCCUGGAGCAGCUGGCCAAGCAGCACAAUCAUCUAGAGAGAGCCUUCCGAGGGGCCACCGUGCUGCCAGCCAGCGCCCCCCGAGGCGGGGGCUCUGCUAAAGAUGAAUGCUGCCCAGGGAAAGGAGACCUGAGUGAUGAAGAUGACGAUAAUGAGUUCUUCGAUGCACCGGAGAUCAUCACCAUGCCAGAGAGCAUGGGCCACAAACGCACCGGCAGCAACAUCAGCGGCGCCAGCAGUGACAUCAGCCUCGAUGAGCAGUACAAACAUCAGCCAGAGGACACCAAAAAGGAGAAGAGAACUCGGAUUCCCAACAAGCCGAACUACAGCCUCAACCUGUGGAGCAUCAUGAAGAACUGCAUUGGGAAGGAGCUCUCCAAGAUCCCCAUGCCGGUGAACUUCAACGAGCCUCUGUCCAUGCUGCAGCGCCUCACCGAGGACCUGGAGUACCACGAGCUGCUGGACCGAGCAGCCAAGUGCGAGAGCUCCUUGGAGCAACUCUGCUACGUGGCCGCCUUCACCGUCUCCUCUUACUCCACCACCGUCUUCCGCACCAGCAAGCCAUUCAACCCUCUCCUGGGGGAGACCUUCGAGCUGGACCGGCUGGAGGAGAACGGCUACCGCUCCCUCUGCGAGCAGGUAAGCCACCACCCUCCCGCUGCCGCCCACCAUGCUCACUCCAAGCACGGCUGGACGCUUCGCCAGGAGAUCAAAAUCACCAGCAAGUUCCGUGGCAAAUACAUCUCCAUCAUGCCCCUCGGUACCAUCCACUGCAUCUUCCACUCCUCCGGAAAUCACUACACAUGGAAGAAGGUGACCACCACAGUACACAACAUCAUAGUGGGCAAGCUGUGGAUAGACCAGUCCGGCGAGAUCGAAAUCAUCAAUCACAAGACUGGCGACAAGUGCAAUCUCAAGUUUGUUCCUUACAGCUACUUCUCCCGGGACGUGGCCAGAAAGGUGACGGGGGAGGUGACAGACCCCUCGGGGAAAGUGCACUUUAUCCUGCUGGGCACCUGGGACGAGAAGAUGGACUGCUUCAAGGUGCUGCCAGGCAGUGGGGAGAACGGUGCCGAGGGGCGGCAGAGAGCCGAGGAGAGUCAGGUCCUGCUGUGGAAAAGGAACCCCCUCCCGAAGAACGCUGAGAACAUGUACUACUUCUCCGAGCUGGCGCUGACGCUCAACGCCCCCGAGAGCGGCACUGCCCCCACCGAUAGCCGGCUGCGGCCCGACCAGAGGCUGAUGGAGAACGGGCGCUGGGAUGAGGCCAACGCCGAGAAGCAGCGGCUGGAGGAGAAGCAGCGCAUCUCCCGCAAGAAGCGCGAGGCCGAGGCCAUGAAGGCCACAGAGGACGGCACUCCCUAUGACCCCUACAAGGCUCUGUGGUUCGAGCGGAAGAAGGACCCUGUCACAAAGGAGUUGGCGCAUGUGUACCGAGGAGGCUACUGGGAGAGCAAAGAGAAGCAGGACUGGAGCUCGUGCCCGGACAUUUUCUGAGCUGGAAGUGGCAGGAUCAGCAGCAGGAGGAAGAGAAGGAAAGAGGAUGGAGGUUGAAGGGAAGCAGCCGAUCAUGUGACUUCCUUGCCUAGCGCUUUCCUCGAGUGUCUGUCUGUCUUAACCAAUCGCUCGUUCCAAAUCAAUCACCCCAAGCAAAAGCCAGUGGCGGUGAUUGGCUGGGUUGCCUUAGCUGAUUGACACUGAUGUUGAUGAUGUCUAGAUCCCCAGGGCUGGCGCUCUGUGCCCCGGAUGGCCGUGUCCCCCAGCUCCCUUAGACAGCCAUCUAUCUGUCCAGCUCGGCCCGACCCCUCUGGGAGCUGAGGGGGGAAGAGCUCGGGAGCUGUUAGAAAAGGACUGGCCCUUGUUAACACCCUUAGACAAGGGGAUGCACGCAAUGGGGCUGUGGAUCAGAACAGAAGCACCCCAAUGUACUUCCCAUGGGGGGGGGCUGUUUGGGGGAGCUGGGGAUAUCCUGUAUCUCGUAUCUUGGUGGGGAGGGGUCAGUCUCCCCUCCCUUAGGUGGGAGCUAGGGGCACCCAAGUGGCUAGGGGAGCCUAGUGAGUGCCCAUGGAGACGGAGGAAUGUUGCGGGAGGCAAUGCAGAGCCGCAGCUUCCCUUCCACAUCCCGGAGCAGAGGCGGAGGCUGUGACUGGCCUUGCUCUCUGAGAACCCUGUUUGAGGCAGUCUGCUGAACUUUCCGUCUGAUUUCAGAGAGGGCUGUGGGCAAUGAGACCCCCACCCCCUCUGCUCUCACCUCCUCUCCCACCAAGAGGAACGCACCCCACCGUCUUCCCCCUCCCCAUGUGCACUCUGGAAG